GACCUCUCUUUUUUAAAAUUCCUCUUUUGUCCCCACUCUCAUUUCAAAUUUCAAAACCAUACCACCACCGCCGCCGCCACCACCACCACUGAAAUAUCAGCGGCACCGUUCCUCUCUUCUCUGCUUCUCUUCUCUCUCAGUGAUCGAUACGUUGUAUAUGAAGUGGUCCUAAGACUAUUGUCCGAUGUGCAGAGAUGGAUGCCACGGCUGGUCCAAUCCUGUACCCGCUGCAUAGGUGUAAAACUAUUCAUCUGGUGAGGCAUGCGCAGGGGAUUCACAAUGUAGAAGGUGAAAAGGAUUUUAAGGCUUAUUUAUCUUACGAUCUUUUUGACGCACACCUUACUCCUCUCGGAUGGCAGCAGGUUGAAAAUCUGCGCAAACAUGUUCAAUCAUGUGGACUCAACAAGAGAAUUGAAUUGGUCAUUGCUUCACCUUUGUUAAGGACCAUGCAGACAGCAGUUGGAGUUUUUGGAGGUCAAUCAUACACUGAUGGGAUAGAGGCUCCUCCACUAAUGGUGGCCAAUGCAGGGAACAGUGACCGACCGACAAUUUCGAGUUUAAAUUGCCCUCCAUUUAUGGCUGUGGAGCUAUGUAGGGAACAUUUGGGAGUUCAUCCGUGUGAUAAGAGGAGAAGCAUCAGCGAGUAUCGGCCCCUUUUUCCUGCAAUUGAUUUUUCACAGGUAGAAAGCAAUGAUGAUGUUCUGUGGAAACCUGACAUCAGAGAGGCGAAUGAAGAACUUGCUGCCAGGGGAAUGGAAUUCUUGAAAUGGUUAUGGACACGGAAAGAGAAGGAGAUCGCAGUUGUUACCCACAGUGGAUUCUUGUACCAUACCUUAAGCGCUUUCGGAAACGAUUGUCAUCCAUCUGUUAAGAGUGAAAUAUGCACACACUUUGCCAAUUGUGAACUUCGGUCGAUGGUAAUUGCUGAUAGAGGCAUGAUGGGAUCUGAUCCAGCAAUAACCAACUAUCCUGGAAAGAUUCCUAGUGGGCUUGAUUUGCCUAGCGAUGUUGCAAAGGAGAAGACUACAGAAAAAGGAGUGUCUAAGUAAUACGAUAGCCGACAGGUUAUCGCGUUUAUUAGUCUAAUCUCCCUCCUAGUAUGAUUCUUACAGUGAGCUACCAAUGCACUUAUUAAUAUGUUGGCUGGCUGACUGGCUCAGAUAGCAAAUUGGACAUCUUUUGCUAGAACUACCCAGAUUGAAACCCCACAGCACAACAGUUUAAAGGCACUUUUAGGUGUCAAUUGUUAUAAGAUUAUUGGUUAACCUAACCACAAUUGUUUUUAUGAUUGCCUUAAGGAACAUAAUCUUGCUUAAGAUUUGUCAACAAACUAGCUUUUUAUUUUUA